UGAAUCUGAAUCUGAAUCUGAAUUAGAAUCAAAAAUAGGAAGUGCCACCUUCCCUAAUAGGAACAGGGCUAGUGAACACCUAGGGAUUCCUUAUACAACUCUCUAUAUGUACAUUAAAAACUGGCCGGCAAUCCAGACUGAAUUAGUCCGGAUGCUCGGGUCUUCAAAAUUAACGAAGUCUCUUACAUAG